AAUAUGGGUUUUUAAAAAAAAUCAUUACCUCAUAUACAUGUAUUGACUUUAAUGAGACAGUUCAACUUGAAAUUAUAUCUAUGCUGAAAUAAUAUACUCAGAUUACAAAAUACUGUUAUCUGUCGGGUAUAUUUGGAGGCGUGUAAUAAUUAAUGCAUCUGUGUUGACCUACAACAUUAUCCGCCACUUGUAUAUACCUAAUUGGUUUAGGUGAUUUUUGAUCACAACUACAUUGUCUACAUUUACAUUUAAUUUGAUUAAAAAAGAAAAGAAAAAUACAAUUACAACCAGUGAGGUAUUAGAUUGGCAUAUAUAUCAUAACAUUACGCUUUUGUACGUUGCAUUAAAAUGAUGGUGUCAAUUAAAACCAAGUUGACAGUAUCAUAUUUUGAUUGAAGGAAUAAAUUUAUUUUAAUUGGAGAGUGAUACCUUUAUUCGUCCUUGUUCCGCAUCAAAUAUGAUAAUUAUUUUUUUACAUUCAUGUUUGAAGAGGAAACCUAAGCCAUCUUCUUCCGGGAAGAAAGAUACAAAACUCAAUCAAGGCAGAAACUGAUGUACAUAACCACGAAAUGACAGUGACUAUUGAAAUUAAUAUAAGAAACAGCAGAGCAAAAGAAACGUUGGACUUUUGAUCAUAUUUAAAGAUCAACAUCAAGAAUUCGUCAUGAUAAACAUACAACGACGUCAGUGAAAUGGAAAAUUUCACAAUAUUUUGCAUAAUCCUUUUAUUCGCUACUGAAACGGUUCAAGGACUUAUUUGCUCCAACGAGGAGAAAUGCAAUUGUACUCGAAUAAAGAAUUUCUUCUUUGAAUUAUAUCACGUGGAUUGUUCCAACAAGGGACUGACUGAGAUGCCAUUCAAUUUCACUGAUAAAGACAUAUAUAGCAUUGAUUUAUCACAGAACAAUAUACGGAAGGUUACAACGACUAAAUAUUAUUCUAGAACGUUAAAACAAAUGAACUUAUCUCACAAUGCAUUAAGGAAUCUAUCGAAAUACAGUUUUAACUGGAUUCCAUACCUUGAGGUGUUAGAUUUGUCCUAUAAUAAUCUCACAAUGUCCAACACAAGUCUACCCAAUUUAGUAUUCCAAUAUCUGAAUAACCUAAAGGUCCUCAACUUGUCUCACAAUGACGUCAUCGAUACAGACCAUUACAAUGCAGAAAUAUUCCGGCACACUGAAUCUCUGGAGACGCUAGUCAUUGACGGCUUGCGAAAUGGCAACUUUGAUUUAACCACAUAUUCUAAUAGGUUUGCUCCAUCAUUUCAUCCACCUGAUGAUAUAAAGUUGAAAAAUUUGACGACUCUCGUAGUGUCUGGACGAAGUGACCGCAGCAAGUGCCUAAUCAAGCAUCUGUCAAAAGGCUUUUUCAAGAGCGUUCCUUAUCUGAAGUACUUGGACAUGUCUGCUUGCGCAAUCCGAUCAGUCGAUAAUGAAAGCUUGUUGCUGCCAGAGCUAGAAUAUCUAGAUUUGUCCUACAAUGAACAGUUAUCUUUUCACCCACUUCAAAAUAUUUCUAUACCGCAAACACUGAAAACAAUGAAAUUGGACAAAGUUCAUUGUACAUUUGGAAUUGGUACCUAUGUGACGUCCGAUAUGGUAAAAAAUUUUCUGAUCAGUUCUAUAGAGAAUUUAUCUUUUAAAAGCAAUAGACUGGAGACGGCUGUAGGCAAUGUUUUUAAUUAUCUACCUCAAAAUCUAACCAGUUUGGACGUGUCGGACAACAGACUGACCUUUGGUACUUAUGGUUUUUCAAUCCCUGUUUUGAAAAAAUUGAAAUGUUUGAAUGUACAAAAUCAAUUUUAUCCACAUUUUACAGACAGGAAUGGUGAGAAUCUGGAGGAGUGUGACGAUACCUUCCUAUGCUCAACUUCUCAUCCAGGUGAAAAAUACCUUGCCGCUGGUGCGGGUUUUGCGAAUUAUCACUCAAAAGACUACGUGUUUUACGUACCUCCAAGUCUGGAAACAAUUAAUUACUCUAAUUCUUCACUAAAUACAGUUAUCCGUCAGCUUAAUAUAGACCCGAACAACAGUGUAAAAACCAUCGAUUUCAGUCAUAACUUUUUUGAAUGUCUUGAUGGGCCGAUUUACGGACUACACGAAAUUGAAAAAGUUGAUUUUUCCCAUAAUUAUAUAUCUUUUUUAUCGCCCAUUUUCUUUGAAAAUAGUACAACUUUAAAGAACUUGAACUUAAGAAACAACUUGUUAGGAAACUGUAUGAGCAAACCAAACUCGACCUAUUUCGGAAAUCUCUGGAAUUUGACAUUGUUGGACCUUUCAUCCAAUGUUAUCCGCUUUGCAGCUCCUGAUAUUUUUGAAGGUCUGGAAUCCCUGGAGAUAUUGAAUCUAAGUUUUAAUUUACUCCGAAAUGUUUCAUUUAGAAUGCACCAGAUGCCUUCUCUGAAAACAUUAGAUCUUUCUUCUAAUGAACUUUUGCCAUUUUCUGACGCUACAAUUCAAAUUCUGGAAUCGAGACAACAAACUAGUCGACUGAAAAUUAUCCUUACAGGAAAUGAAUUUCAGUGUACGUGCGACUCUCUUAAUUUCCUCAAGUGGAUGCUACGAAACAAAAACACUGUCAUUGUAGAUUAUUCAUACCUUUGUCGAAAUAUGAACCAUGCCAUCAACAACAAUGAUGGGUUGGACUUGAUAAGUAAGAUGCUAGAUAAGAAAUGCGACGAUUACGAAGAAAUCAUUGGUGUAGUAUCUGGACUUUUUGUUGUUUUCUUUGCGUUCAUUGUUGGUGGAGUUAUUCAUCGCUACCGGUGGAAACUUCGAUACUUCUAUUACAUGUCAAAAUGGAGCGCUACCAUGUCACACAAAUCCUAUGGUAGAGUAUACGACUAUGACGCAUUUGUUUCUUAUGCUGAUGAGGAGAAGGAUUUUGUCAUACAGGAAAUGACGUCAGAGCUAGAGGAAGUGUCAGACUUGAGACUGUGUCUCCACGAGCGAGAUUUUACACCAGGUAUAUCAAUCGGCGAGAACAUAACCAAGGCAAUAUGUAACAGCAGAAAGGUUUUGUGUGUCGUAACAGAGAACUUUUUAUGCUCUCAGUGGUGUAUGUAUGAACUAGAGAUGGCCCUCACAGACAACAGGUACUCCAGAGACGAUCAAUCGGUUUUCCUUAUCAUGUACGGAGGACUGCCGACUGAUAGCUGUAAAAUUCGUUCAUCGAUCCGACUUAUGUCUUUAGUGAAGGAGAACGCCUAUCUAGAAUAUCCUAAUGAUGAGAGCAAUAGAGCAGAAUUCUGGAAUUCACUUAGAAUCAUAAUGAAAAAAAUACGAAAUCCUGUGUAAUUAGGAGAGUAUUGUUAAAUUAAGUAGUAGCCAGUUCAUGAGGAUAUGAUCAACAAAAUACCAACAUGCUCCGUCAAAAAAUUAUCAGUAACAAAGUGUCGGUUUUUUCAUAUGUCGAAGCAGUUUAAAACAAAUAUAUUUAAUUCACUAUAAUGAACAAUUGCACAGAGAAUAUAAGCAUAAAAAGUGAUUAUUUACCAUAAAGAUUGUGACAGCUAUUAUUUUUGAUAGGAAAACAAUCCGAAUGGAGUUUUAUGUUUUUAUUUUUAAAUUUACAAAUUAAUGCAUCUUAGAACUUACAAUAUGCCAUUUUCAAUACUAAAGUGAAAGAAAAUUACAUUUGUUGUUUAAAAAGCACUACGGAAAAAGUUACGCAUUACAAGUUUAUAUGCACAUUGUAAAUACCGUAUAUAUGAAUAAAAAUGGUAACAUGAAAAACUCAAUUUUAAGAUGAAUUGUUCUAUGUUUUU